AGAUGCACGCCGGCCUCGACCGGGCUGGGAAGGGUCCGGAGAUGCACGCCGGCCUCGACCGGGCUGGGAAGGGUCCCACCCGGGAACGGUCUGCCCAGAGUGAAGAGGUAUUUAUCCUCUGGAUUAGCCCCAUCUCGGCUUCCAUCCAGGAUCAAUACUGUGAGAAUUUACCUCCGAGCAGUAACACCACCGGUCUCCAGUGCAACGCCUCCAUAGACCUGAUCGGUACAUGCUGGCCCCCGAGUGCUGUGGGGCAGCUGGUGGCCCACCCUUGCCCCGAAUACUUGAACGGAGUCCGAUACAACACCACAAAAAAUGGGUACAGAGAAUGCCUCAUGAACGGGAGCUGGGCAGCGCGUGCCAAUUAUUCCCAGUGCCAGGAGAUUCUCAACGAGGAGAGGAAGAGCAAGCUGCAUUACCGCAUUGCCGUCAUCAUAAACUACCUGGGACACUGCGUCUCGUUUGGGGCCCUGCUCCUGGCCUUUGUCCUCUUCAUGCGCUUGAGGAGCAUCCGGUGCCUGCGGAACAUCAUUCACUGGAACCUGAUCACAGCCUUCAUCUUACGAAAUGCCACCUGGUUCGUGGUGCAGCUCACCGUGAACCCAGCCGUGCAUGAAAGCAACGUGGCCUGGUGCCGCCUAGUCACAGCCGCCUACAAUUACUUCCACGUCACCAACUUCUUCUGGAUGUUCGGCGAGGGCUGCUACCUCCACACGGCCAUUGUGCUCACCUACUCCACCGACAAGCUCCGCAAGUGGAUGUUCAUCUGCAUCGGCUGGUGUAUCCCUUUUCCGAUCAUUAUUGCCUGGGCCCUUGGAAAGCUGUACUAUGACAAUGAGAAAUGCUGGUUCGGGAAGCGAACAGGAGUCUAUAUCGAUUACAUCUACGAAGGCCCCAUGAUCCUGGUGCUCCUGAUCAACUUCAUCUUCUUAUUCAACAUCGUCCGAAUCCUCAUGACCAAGCUCCGAGCCUCGACCACCUCGGAGACCAUGCAGUACAGGAAAGCAGUGAAGGCCACGCUGGUCCUGCUGCCGCUGCUGGGCAUCACCUACAUGCUGUUCUUCGUGAAUCCGGGGGAAGACGAGAUCUCCCGGGUGGUUUUCAUCUACUUCAACUCCUUCCUGCAGUCGUUCCAGGGCUUCUUUGUCUCGGUCUUCUAUUGCUUCCUGAACAGCGAGGUCCGUUCCGCCGUGCGGAAGAGAUGGCACCGGUGGCAGGACAAGCACUCCAUCCGCGCCCGCGUGGCCAGAGCCAUGUCCAUCCCUACGUCGCCGACACGCGUCAGCUUCCACAGCAUCAAGCAGUCGACGGGUGUCUGAGCGGGGAGGAAGCCAUCGCGUGGGAGGGGGGCCGGGGUUUGCAGCAGAGCCUCCGCUGCUUGCACUGCAGACUGAGCACGGCCUGUGGGCCAUGUACUUCCAGGACGGACCCCCCAGCCCCACGAGCCCAGCGAAGCACAGCAGAGCCCCGGCGGGGACUGUCCAACACCAAAGAAACCCCUCGCCAGUGUCUGCCCUGGGAGACCAGAUCUUAUUCGCCCAAACCCUUGUGAGGCCAGAACCUCCCUGGCCCAGGACUGUGGGUCUGGACAGUAUCUGGUGGCCCUGGCAAGCCUACAGAAACUGAGGACAAUGAUCCAGUGAGGGCUUCACAUUAUCCCAAGGCCGGCUGAGGGCAGAGCAAUUCCCCGAGUGAUGCCGGGUUUGUUGGAGAUCCGGCAGAGUCCAGCAUCCGCCCCAAUCCUGACCUAGCAGCAGGUGUCGCGGAAACCCGUGUUCGUCCAGUGAGAGCCCCGGUCCUGCUAGCGCUGGUCAUUGUGGCUGGGAUGUGACCUGUCGGCGUUCGUGCCUCUCUCCCCAUUCCCAUGCAUGUCACUGUGGCUAUAAAUUCCUCGCUCUGGUUCAGCGGCCGCACGGCAGGUCUGCAUCCAAAGGUGUCGUGAAAGCCCUGUUUGUGGCACAUGGCGAUGGCACCUCGGGAACGGCCCUGUCAGAAGCCACUGCCACCCAUGGCGCUGCUAACCCGUUCUGGGGGUUAAGGCUGCUAAACGCUGCUUCCAGGCUCCUGCUGCCAGCGCCGAUGCCCUGAAGAACCUCUGCAAGCGGCGGUGAUGGGGAGGGAUGCCCCGAUGUGCAUUAACCCAGAGGACAGACCGGCUGCUUGGGCCAUGAACGCAGUUUGCCUGGGGCCAUUUCUGUGCUUUGCCUUAUGCCUCCGUUUUAUUACAACCCUGCGAUUAUUCAUCCCCCCACAUCCACCCUGUCGCCCCGC